AUGGAGAAAACUAGCAUAGAACAAAUCUGGGCACAACUGCACAAGUUUGAAAGAAAUUGUUCUGAUUACAAGGCUGAUUGUAUAAAAUUUUCCCCGCUUCAAAUGCCUUUAAUCUGCUUUUCUUUCGUCGAAGACGACAAACAACAACGAGGAAGUGAUUUCUUUGGUUUCGUUCAAACUAGAACUAACAGAGUUCUUGAAACAAGUCAUAUGUGGUUUACAUGUUAA